GGGUGUGUUUAUUUUUGGCUGGGCUGAAAGGGCUUGCGUGGCUAGGUAAGUUCAGGGGAUAGUCAGUGUAUGCACUGUGUACAGUUCCUCCCUCAGCAGCAGCAGCAGCCAGUAGCCCGUCUGUCUCCGCAAGAUGACCCUGCAGAAGAAGGAUGCCGUGGAGGUGUUUGCAGCCGGAGAAAAAGGCCGUGGCCUGCGGACCACCAAGGAAAUGCAGGCUGGCGAAGUGGUCUUCACAGAGGCAAGCUUUGCUGCCGUAGUAUUUGACAGUCUGUACUUGCAGGUGUGUCACAACUGCUUCCGCAGACAGGCCAACCCACACCGCUGCGCACAGUGCAAGUUUGCGUACUACUGCGACCGCACAUGUCAGCGUGCUGCCUGGGAUGAGCACAAGCUGGAGUGCGCUGCUAUCAGGCAGCAAGGCAGAGCACCAAGUGAAAAUGUGCGUCUGGCAGCUCGCACUCUAUGGCGCAUGCAGAGGCACACAAGCAAAGUCUCUGACGGUCAGCUGACCACCCUCGACCUCUUGGAGGACCACAUCUCCGACAUGGCUCCAGAGGACCUUAAAGAACUCCAGGUGGAUGUCCAGAAAUUCCUGGAGUACUGGCCACGCAAGAGCAAGCAAUUUGGAGUCGAGUACAUCUCACAUAUCUUUGGUGUGAUCAAGUGCAACGGCUUUACUGUGAGUGACCAGAAGGGGCUUCAGGCAGUGGGCGUAGGCAUCUUCCCAAAUCUUUGUCUGGUCAACCAUGACUGCUGGCCAAACUGUACAGUUAUCCUCAACCAUGGCAAUCAGACAGCUCUGGAUGCAGCUCUCCACUCUCAGAGGAGGAUCGAGCUGCGUGCCCUGGGAAACAUCGCAGAGGGUGAGGAGCUGACCGUCAGCUACGUGGACUUCCUGAACGUGUCCAAGGACCGCCAGCAACUGCUCAAGCAACAGUACUACUUCCAUUGCAAGUGUGAGCACUGCAGCAAAGGCAUCAAGGAUGAUCUUAUGAUGGCUGUCAAAGAGAAGGACGGUAAAAAGCCCUCUGCUGAGCUGGUGAAAGAGGUGACAGACUUCAGUGUGCAGAAACUGGCCAAGAUCGAGGAAGCCCGCACUGCAGGAAAUUUCCAUGAGGUGAUUAAAAUCUGCCAUGAGUGCUUGGAGAAGCAGGAACCGGUCCUGGCAGACACUCAUCUCUACCUGCUGCGUGUGCUCAGGAUUGCCAGUGAGGUGCUGUCCUAUCUGCAGAUAUUCCAGGAGGCUGCGGAAUAUGCCCGCAGAAUGAUGGAAGGCUACAGGAAACUUUAUCACCCAAACAAUGCUCAGCUGGGCAUGGCCACCAUGAGGGCAGGUGUGAUACAUUGGCAUGCUGGGCUGAUUGAGGCAGGUCAUGGUAUGAUCUGCAAAGCUUAUGCAAUCCUCAUGAUUACCCACGGCCCCCACCACCCAAUGACAAAGGAUCUAGAGUCAAUGCGCACGCAGACAGAGAUGGAGCUGCGCCUGUUCAAGGAGAAUGAGCAUGUGUACCACAGCAUGCGUGAGGCAGUCCUCAGCAGCAAGCCCAUAGGAGGAGGAAAAGUCCAGUAAAAAAAUCAGUCAUGCUCAAGAGCAAAUAGACCGUUGAAUGUUUGCACACUGUUCCUAAUGCACAGUCACUAACCAAACUGGGUAAAAUAUCACAGUUUAAAGAACAUACCUUCUUCUGUGUUCCUUAUUCUAGCAUAUUUUGCAAUUCUGCACAUUUGUGUGCAUGAGGAAAGAUGGAUAUUUCCAACCCAAUGCUGAAACAACUUUCAAAGUGAUUAAUUAAUGAAGGCUACUACAUUUGAUAAUAUUGUUACUGAAGACAAAUAAUGUUGAUUUUCUGGAAAUGGGCCUAAAUGGAUUAUGAUUUGGAUUAUUUUGUGUAAAUAAACCUAGGACUACACUGAAA